GGUUUAACAGCGAGAAAAAAAGUUUUCAUGUCAGUCGGUUGAAAUUCAUUGUUGCCUGUCCAGCCAAUCAUAGUUUUUGACGACACAAAAGAGGUAAAGUUGGAGUAUAAAAAGGUGUGCGCAAAUAAAGUAUGAUGCCUAUCAGAGUGCGACAUUAAUCCAAACGCAGUGCAGUCACGCAGUUGGUAGCAGCACACAACGGGGGUUCUGUUUUUUUCUUUUUCUACAUCACACUUCCCACCUUAGAGACAAUGCAUCAGUCUCAGAUUGUGCUCUAUCUCAGUUUGCUAAUUGCAUUGGGUGCAGUAGUUCUGAGUGACCAAGAAACGUACCAGCAGCCCUCCGCCACCAGCCCAGAAGACGCGGAGCAGUGCGCCACCUGCGAGGUCCGGCAGCAGAUCAAAACCAUGCGAUUAAACGCGAUCAAAUCUCAGAUUUUGAGCAAACUGCGAAUGAAAGAAGCUCCGAAUAUCAGCCGAGACAUAGUGAAGCAGCUCCUGCCCAAAGCUCCGCCGCUCCAGCAGCUUCUCGACCAAUACGACGUGCUGGGAGAUGACAACAGGGAUGUAGUUAUGGAGGAUGACGAUGAGCAUGCCACCACGGAGACAAUAAUGAUGAUGGCCACUGAACCUGAGUCCAUCGUCCAAGUGGAUGACGAACCGAAGUGCUGCUUUUUCUCUUUUACUCAAAAGUUUCAAGCCAGUCGCAUAGUGCGGGCGCAGCUCUGGGUGCAUUUGCGGCCGGCGGUCGAGGCGACCACUGUGUUCCUGCAAAUUGCCCGCCUGAUGCCGGUCACAGAAGGUAACAGGCACAUACGGAUCCGGUCCCUUAAGAUCGACGUGAAUGCCGGGACCAGCUCUUGGCAAAGUAUAGACGUCAAACAAGUGUUGGCCGUGUGGCUGCGGCAGCCGGAGACCAACUGGGGCAUCGAGAUUAACGCCUUCGAUUCUAGGGGGAAUGACUUGGCCGUGACCUCCCCAGAGCCAGGAGAGGAAGGGCUGCAACCAUUCAUGGAGGUGAAGAUCUCUGAGAACCCGAAGCGAGCCAGGAGAGACAUGGGCCUGGACUGUGAUGAGAACUCCCCAGAGUCUCGGUGCUGCCGCUAUCCACUCACAGUUGACUUUGAAGACUUUGGCUGGGACUGGAUUAUUGCCCCAAAGCGCUACAAGGCAAACUAUUGCUCUGGGGAGUGUGAGUACAUGCACUUGCAGAAGUACCCACAUACCCACCUGGUUAACAAGGCCAACCCCAGAGGGACCGCAGGCCCCUGCUGUACCCCCACCAAGAUGUCACCCAUCAACAUGCUCUACUUUAAUCGUAAAGAGCAGAUCAUCUAUGGCAAGAUCCCCUCCAUGGUGGUGGACCGUUGUGGAUGCUCUUGAGUUUGGACGGAGACACUGGCGAGAGGGAUGGGGGGGGGGCAGUUCCUCUCCCCAGCCUCCAACUUCAGACUUGUUGACACAACCAAUCCACCAGUUCCAAUGUUUUCCUGCAAGUAUGGUGCAAUAGAACCCGAGUAGAGGCCACAAUCAGCCCGACUUUCCUGCAGGGCAGCGCUUUCAAAACAGGCAUAGCUCUUUUCUUUCUUCCAGUGAAAUCUUAGCCAUAGAGGCUUGAUGUCAGAACGAUACAUGAACACAUAUAAACAUGUACGCACAAACACACACAUGGCAGAACCUUGAGUGAAUGUAGACAGAAUUAUCAAAGUUAAUGAAAUACUUUUUUUCCCCAAUGUCUGUGUUCUGUGCUCUCUCCAUUUAUCCAAACAUGCUGACAGAUUAUCCUUGUGUCAUCUAAUCCACUCCACUCAUAGCCAACAAACAAGAUUUAACACUUUUUGCUAAGCUGUUUGUGAUUAUAAUUUUCGAAUUAUGAUUUCAGAGUGAAACGGAAUCCUCAAGAACUUUUUAAAAAAGGGCUUGGAAAAACUUGGGCUUGUUUUAGUCCACAUAGGAUUCAAAAGGACAAAAGCUGGCAGCACAGCAAAACUUUGCUUGAGGCACCUCACUUUAUUACUGCAAGUUAUAAAACCCAAACAACACUUGUUGCAUGUGAAGUCAUUUGGGAAAUAAGACACGUCAUCAUAUUUUCUGGAUUGGAUUGAACUUUAAAUUGUAAUAGUAAAUUUUGAUUACCAAUGCUAUUGGGCUGUGCAGGUGGUGACGUAGAGGUUGAUCACUCCUGAGAUCAUAUGGACACAGAAAUUGUGACACCACUUUAGGUCUUGACAGAUCUUCAUGUACUCUGCCAUACAUACAUACAUACAUACACACACAUACACAACAACACAUCCGACCAAGGAGCAUUCUAGCUCAGUCAUAAUCACCAUCCAACAAAACAGCCAGAUCUGCCCAGUACACUUGAAUGAUUGAUUGUAAAUUCACAUUACUGGACAGAAGGACUUGAACUGAAGGCACAAUGAAUGCAGCCUACAAAUGAAAAUGUGUUUAAGACAGAGAAAAUGGGUUGUUUGGAUGUAUGAAUGUUGAGAUCAUGCUUAAACUCUGUCUUACAUCAACACAGUUUGCACUAUGGCACACCAAUAGAAAGAAUUGGUUGCUACAAAAGUUGUAAAAACUGAUUUUGAUAUGUUUUGCAAAUUUGUAUUGUAUACCUAUGCCAUUGUUUCCAUUAGGAGUUGCCUUUCUAAACCACUGUUGGUAAAUGUAUAAAACCACAAUCUAUCAAGAUUAAUGUAAUACAGCAACUCUAUAUACUUGUUUUGACAAAUAAACUUUCUAGCUUGUUUGUUGA